AUGUUUAAGAAUACAUUCCAGUCCGGGUUUCUGUCGAUUCUCUACAGCCUUGGGACCAAGCCGUUGCAGAUAUGGGACAAGGAAGAAUGCAGAUACUUUUCCCCUGGCAACCUAAAGCAUUAUUUGCUUCUUACAGCGAAGGCAGUUGUUGAUGGGCACAUUAAAAGACCCCAGGAUGAAGAUAUUAAGUCUAACGUACUUGAAAUUGUUGGAACAAAUGUGCAAUCAACAUACAUCACUUGCCCAGCUGACCCUGCUGCCACUCUUGGAAUUAAACUUCCAUUUCUUGCCCUUGUUGUGAAGAAUCUUAAAAAAUACUUCACAUUUGAGUCCGUCACAAGGGUAAAGCCAUACAUCUGCACGAUGCCGUUGAAGCUUGAUGAUGGCUGGAACAACAUCCAGCUGAAUCUCACCGACCUGACAAAAAGAGCCUAUGGCACAAACUAUGUCGAGACGCUGCGAGUGCAAGUCCACGCAAACUGCCGGCUCCGCAGGGUCUACUUCGCCGACCGCCUCUACUCGGAGGAGGAGCUGCCGGCGGAGUUCAAGCUCUACCUUCCAAUUCAGAACUGUUGCUAA